CUGAUGAGCAGUGGCCAAGACCCGGUCCUCCUCUGCCGUAUUUAUACUGGUGGUGGUAAUGAUGGUGGUGGUGGUAGGUGACAUAAUUUUUCUAGGGCUUGCAAAAGGAAGAGUUCUGAACAAAAGAAAAAGAGUUUUUUAAUCCUAAUCUAAAUUGAAAUUGAAGAAUUAGGUAUUUAAUUUGGGAGACAAGCCGUGGCCAUGUCUUGUCUUGAUGCUUGUUCACUGAUUGUUAAUUGUUAAUUGUUGCGAGGCUGUAUCCAUAAGUUUGUUCAAAAAGAAUUUUUGACUGUAUAACAGUUUUAAUUCAAAUUGAAAACUUCUUCGUCUCAAGGGUAAAGUUUAAAAUUAAAAGCAGUAUAAGGUAACAGUGUUAGCGAGCAGUAUUUUAUGGUGAUUUUUGGCCUAGUUACCAUACAUUUGAGUACUAACCAAACUUCUAUCUUUGAUUUUUCAUGUUAAUUUUAUAUAUUAAUAAUGUUCUUUUUAAUUUUUAAUUAUCUCAUUUCAUUAUUAGCCUAUUACGAAUUAUUAAUAAAAUUAUUUAGAAUUUCUUUAUUGUAAUUCAGUAAUUACCAAUAGGGUAAUACAUUUAUUUGAUUUGGCGUUUGGCAAUCAUGUGUGUAAAAUAGUCUCUUCAAACAUUUUUGGCAUAAACUGUUCAAUCGGUGGUGAGCGGUGGAAGUUUUAAAUACGGUGUAUAUAUACGAGUACAAUAAUGUGCUUUUGGAUUUUACUUUUAUCACUAAUUAGCACUCUAAUUAGGUACCCAUAGUUUAUUUAUUUUUCCGGCGAGAUGGGUUUGAGCAGUACAGUACAGAUGAGUGCCUAGUUUCAGCUGCUUGAUGCUUCUUUUAUGAAUGUCUCUCUUAUAAUUUUCCCAGUUUUACUUUAAUUGCAUCGUGUAUUUAAUUCGUUUACUUGAAUGAUAACUGGGAGGGGCGAAAAAUUAUAUGGGUUUCACUUAAGCAUGCUUGAUGUGUAGUGAUGACCGCCAUAGUUUUACUAAAACCAAAAUCAAACAAAAAAUAGAGAAGUUGAAAAUGCUGUUGUGGAAUGUAUUUAUUGAAAUGGAAGUUUGUUUCUUUGUUUGUCAUGUAUUGCCAUAGUGUUGAGUCCAAGUUUUAAUGAUUUCAACGAAAUUUGUGAGUCUAAUGUAAGCGUUGUGACUGAUUUUGGAGAACCUAAAGCUAUUAUUUGUGAUAUUCUAAGAAUGUUAAAAAGAGGAUUUGAGGAAAAAAAAAUUGGUUUUUAAGUUCAUCGUAUCUUAUGUUCAGUCCUACUUUGAGUGGUAGUUGCAGUUGAUCCUCGGAUUGAGAUGAUUAAUAAUGUAAGAGUUGAAGCAGUUUAACUUGUUUAUGAGAAAGUAGAUAAUAGAAAUUCUGUAAUUAAUGGUUGAGAUAACAUAAAAUAGGAUACUGGGGACAUUCUUGAAUAUGGGAGCCAUAUGCUUGUAAUAUUGUGGGCAAUAGUGAAGAUGAUGGUGUCAAUAAUAGAUUUUAGAUGCGAAAUAACGAUUGAUGUUUAUCCUGAAAUUUUCUUACUAGUACAAGAACUACUUGCCCUUAGGACAGCAAGGCCAAGGCCAGUGGAUCUGGAAGCAAAGCAUGGAUUUUGCUCCGUUUAACUGAUAAGACAAAAAGUUGUAGAUUAAGGGCCAGAAGCUUGAGUUGCAGUUGCAGCAGCGGCAGAAUUGCUACAAGAUUAACUGGAAGCAAGAAAAGAUUGUAAUUGUUAAAGGUAGGAGAAUGAAUGUAUGUGAAGACAGUUAUGUACAUAUUUGGGCAACUUUGAGUAAUUGCAUACUGAUAGGCCACGCAUUAUCAAGGUGUAUCAAAGGAAGAAGGGCUUGAUAAGCAUAACAAAUAUUGGCAUCUCUGCUGGAAGGAGGAAGAAGUUGCCAGUAAUCAUCAAGGAAAAAGUAAAGGGAAUUAAGGGGUAGAGGGCUUCGGCCUAGGGUAAACUGGCAUCUUUGCUGCCAGGUGCCAUUGGGUUACUAUUACUGGCAUAUCUGUGGCCUAGGGGAGGGUAAUUCCAGCAUUAACAUUGGCUGUAUUUUGACAGUUUAAUUAAUAAAGCAAUUGGUUGCCUAGCUAUCCACCGCAUACUUUCCAAAUGGAUUCAAAAGCAGGUUAUAAUUUUUGUUGGGUUCUUCAUGGUGGUUUGGCACCCCUGUAGCCCUACCAUAUAGGCUGUAAUUCUUUCAUUUUAAAUUGGAUUAUACUAUUAUACUCUAACACCACACAAUGUGGUGAUUAAUAUCAGAGAAAUCCAACAUAACAAAAAUUUUGAAGGAGGUAGUAUGAAAUGUAUGCCAAUGUAUCACUCUUUCUCAUAUCAUGUGCAUUCUUUUGUUUACAUUAAGGGCCUUGGGAAUUAUGAUUAUCUGCUUAUUCCUUGUGCAAUGGCAUCAUAUAUGUUGAAUUCCAUUUUAUUUGCAGAUAAUGCACAACUUUGUUGUUUCUUCAUUUAACUUUGCAACUCCUUUUAUCUUUCUUCAUUUAUUUGGAAAUUUUAAGAAAGUAGAGGUCAUAAAUUUAUUUAUUUUUAUCUUGAGGAAGGCUAAUCAAAGAUUUGGGAUGAUACUACUUGAGAAUGACUGUACUGGUGCUUAGGUUUAAAGAUAAGGUACCAAAUUAUCGAGCAUAAAGCUGAUAGGAUGUUUAUGAAUAUCUGGUUUUUUUCUGUUUAUAAGAUAUUCUUUUAUCAGUUUCGAAUCUACUUAAAUCCAUAUUGUUAACAAGGUAAUUGUUAUAUUCUUAUAUUCUUUAUAUCAUUAUUUGGAUACUUGAUAGUAAUUAAUGCUUUAUAUUAUAUUAUUUUCCGUAGCUGGAUUUGCUUUGACAUAAUUGUUUUACUAUGUGAAGUAAGUGAUUUUUAUACAUACUGUAGCAUCUGAUGUCUAUAAGAGACUUCUAUCUAUUCAUUUUGUUUUCAGCAGUGAGCUCUAUUUUUAAGUGGAACCUAUUGCAUUGCCUUGAAACUGAGGCUAUCAUGCUACCAAUGAAAGUUUGUUGUUUCUUUCAAUGAGAAUCUGUUCCUGGGAUACAGUUUAGCUCUAUUCUUUAGAUUUUAUCUGUUAUUUCAAAAUCAUAUCACUACAUCUUUAACAUGAAAAAAUUGAAGUGUCAACAGGGAAAUUUAUCUUCUGUUGGUGAAAGCAAGUCGUCGCUGGUUAAAUUUAGCAUGUAAAAUUUUGAGUGUUACAUAAAUUAUCUUAUACUGUUUAACUUUAUCCAGAAUACCUAUGCAUCUACAGACCAUUGAAACACAAGUGUGGACUCACUAAAUUUGCUUCCAAAGUAGCAGCUUUUAAUGGCUAAUCAGAAUUGCUGUGGCAAAAAUUAAAUUUGUUUGGUUUGGGUUCUGUGUCUUUAACAUAAUUACGGAUGCAAGGCCUGUUUGAAGUCCUGUUUCCUUAUGGUUUGUGCUGGUGGCUUAAAGAAGAGGAGUAAAGUUUAUUACCAGCAAUGGUGAUCUUUUGAAACUAGAGUUCAAAUAAUUAUAAGAGAGACAGACAGGGAAGGUUAAAAAUAUGUGCUUUUUUUAUCUGAAUGGUUAGGAAGGCAAUACAUUUUCUGAAAGUGAUUUAUGUAUUUUUAUAGGAGAAAGAUAAGUUAAAAGUAGGCCUUGAAAUUACUUUUGGGGAUUCUUAGAAUAAAUUUCAUCCCAGUCUUUUGAGUGUAACUGUACAUUUUAUUUUGAUUUACAAGGACAGUGUUUAUCUAUUGGAACUUUGAGAUCAGAUUUCUUCUUCUAGUUCAUUUUCCUUUAUCUUUUUUUUUGUUUAAAACUUCUAAAAGUCAUAAUACUAGUCAUGUCAUUGUUUACUAUGAUAUCGUGAACUGGACAUAGAGCUAGCACACAUAAAACUACUUUCAUAGAAUCAGUCAACACAAAAAUCUGAACUAUGCAGACAGCUUAGAAUGUAAUUAUGGUGAUACAUAUUUUUUUAGAGUUCGCAGCAUAGCUUCUGGACUCCAACAUUUAAUUGAAUAUUCUUAAUUGUAUUUUGAUAUGAUUUCAUGCUAAUAGCUAAGCUCAAUUUAAGAUUAUGUCGGGUAUUGUCAAAUGAAUAGGAGAACUAAAGUUAGAUUUUGGUGAGAAUUUUCUCUUGGGUUUGGAAUGAUUAAACCAUGAAUUUUCAAAGUACUUAAGGUUAUGCUAAGCAUUUCUGUCAUGGAUUAAAAAAAAUGCAGGCUCAGUAACAAUUUAAAGAAUAUUUGAAAGGAUCAUAAUCAAGUUAGCAAAGAAAAUUUUCUUAGUCCACAUGAGAAAAAAAAAAAAAAAUUUUUGCUAGGCCUUCUUUUGAAAUGGUCCACAACUUAAAUAAUGGUAGAAAAAUGCCAAAGAUGCCAGUGUACUCUUAAAAUUUGUGUAAAUUGUUAUAAACAAAGUUCAUUGUACUAUGGAAAAUAAAUUCAACCAACUAUAACUAUUUAAUUUGAUGGAAGCAUAAUCAUAUUGGUAUCGAAAUGAAGGAUUUUUUAUGCAUUCUCCUAUUUCGCUUGUUCCACUAUUUGAUUUAUGUAUCUGAUCCUUAAGUUUGUAAGUCUGAAGCAUGGUGUUACAAGAGCAUUGAAUAACCUCUCCUAUAGGAAAGUAGUUUCCACAUUUAGAAUUUUAGUUUUCAACUUCCAUGCAUCAUUUUAGUAUUACUUCAGUUUGCAUAGCUUACGUUUUGUGUGCCAGCUAUAUUUUUCAGUUUUUUGGUUUUUCAAAUUUGAAUCUUUCCACAUGAUGACUUGCAAAACCUCGUGAUAUGAUUUGCUUUUUCAAUGUUUUGGAAGAACUUUUGUAUGACGUGCAUUCCUCGUGCUCUACCUUCGUGAUUAGAGAUUCAUUGCGUGCUACUAUGAUACUAUUGGCUUUGUCAUGAAUUAUGAAAAAUAGGUUCUCCUUUUUCUUUUUUUACUCCGAUGGCAGUAGUUACUGAGAUAUAUCAAACAGAACCUGAUCUUUUUACAACUGGUUAGUGAGAGAUAGGAAUGAAUUAUUAUCCCUUAUUGAGAGCCUAUCACUGCUAUUAUAAAAGGAAAUUGAAAAGUCACGCUGAUGUGAUCUAUUGUAUAUUUUAGUGUCUCAAAAUCAAAUUAUGUUUAAACUAAGGAUGAAAUUUAAAUGGUACAUGGAAGUUACGUAUAUGCUUGAAGCUUCAUAUUUGAGACUGCUAGUCUAGGUAUUGCCUUUCCUUUUCAAGUGUGUUGUUGUCCAGGCUGGAGUCCAAGAAUUCAGAGUCAUUUGUCACAAAAAAAAUGUUUUCUAACCUUUCUGGUACAUAGACAAAUAUAGCAGUUUUAAUGAUAAUGGAAUUAGAUCUGGGCAUGUGGUGCCUUAUAGUAGUAUCUACAGCUACUUAUGACUAGAAGAUAUCUGAUAUGCAUGUUAUUUGUGCUUACAAUACAUGUUUUUCAAAUAUGAAAAUAUUUACGCUAAAACACUGAAAUAUAUCAUUACUCAAUUGACAGAAAAGUUAAUUUUAGAACAAAUGGGUAACUUUUAAUGUUGGCAUCUGCAAAAGUAGUAAUCUUGCACUAAAUUAUUUUAAUUUAUUUACCACCAAAAAUGUAUUUUCAAAACAAUUUUAAUAUCUUUUAUAAAAUCAAGUUGAUUGCUCUAUAAUGAUUGAUUGUUAAAUUUACAAAUGUAAAGUUUAGAUUCAGUAGUAUAAAAUUACCAUGUAGUUUAGCUAUUAAUUUGACUUGUGGAAAAAGGUAAGGAAUCUAUUUCCAUGCUAAAAACAAAUCAAGGUAAUUCAAUGCAUGCUUAAAGUAAGUUGUCUUUUUGAGCGUUACAUUUUUAUUUGUCGUUGUCCUGAUUAUGAAACUGACAUUGCCAAUGGCUCUCUGAUUGGAAUUAGAUCCACUCAACCAAGAGCUCCGGACAACAUGGCUUUUUUGCUUGCCUUUCAGUGCUAGAUAAGUUAUUUUUUUAAGGGCUCUCAGAUUUGAGUUAAGCUUGUUCAAUGAAUUUGUAAGUAUGUUUGAUUCCUCAGGAUGGUAGAUUCAGUUUAAAGAUUAAAACUUAGUAUGAGUUUCUUGAUUUUGCUUGAAUCUUCAUUUCAAAUAUAUGUGUUCUUGAGUAUGAUUUAAACUGUUAUAAGUUUGGUUCACUUGUCUAUGGAUAAUUGUGUGCCGUGGAUCUGUUUGAAGGAAGAUAUGUAGCUUGAAUUUAUUUUAGUGUGAAGUUUUGCAUAAAGGUUGAUGUUAAAUUCAGUAAUUUGAUAGACAAAUGGAAGGUGCAUCAUUAUUAGAUAGUUUUAUGAUUCUAGAAAGGCUACACAGUUUUGAAGACGUGCAAGGACCGAUGCAGCUUCAUCACCACGAAGACCCACAAUUUUAUGAACGGGGUUCUAUGGUUCAACAGCACACCGAAAGUGGUUCCCACUUGAAUGUACAGUCUAUGCAGGUGCAACCUAUUUCAGUCAUUGACUGUACUAUCGAUGAGAUAGGUGUUAAUGAUCAUAAUGAAGUUGGUAAAGGGAUGGAGAAACCAUGGCAGCGUAUAAAAUGGACUGAACAAAUGGUGAAGCUUUUGAUUACUGCUGUUUCUUACAUUCGGCAAUAUGCAUCUUGUGUUAUUGGCAGUGGAAGACAGGGGUCUUCGGUCUUGCAGAAAAUAGGAAAAUGGAGGCUUGUCUCAAAUGUCAUGGUUGAGAGGGGUUAUCAUGUCUCUCCCCAGCAAUGUGAGGACAAGUUUAAUAAUUUAAAUAAAAACUACAAGAGACUCAAUGAAGUUCUUGGGCGAGGCUUCUCUUGCAAAGUUGUGGCAAGCCCAAAGCUCUUAGAUGAGAUGAACAUAUCAGACAAGGAUAGGGAGGAUGUAAGGAAAAUAUUGUGCUCAAAACAAUUGUUUUAUGAAGACAUGUGCUCAUAUCACAAUGGCAAUCAACUAUAUCUUCCUAAUGACCCAGAUUUGCAGAGAUACUUGCAAUUGGCACUCAAGAGGAGAGAAAAAUUUGAGUCUAACUCAAGGAGUUACAGGGCUAAUGAUUCUGAUGAACGAGUUGAAGGUGCUGGAGCUCAUGGUCAAUCAAAUGAAACUGAGGAUAGUGGUGGAAUUUUGGGGGUUCAAGAGGUCUCUGUAGCAAGAGAAGCAGAAGUUGUUAAUCUCCUGAAUUUUGAAGGCUUCAAUGGAAUUGAUAAACAACAUCAAGAUGAUGAAACUUUGGAUAUUGGUGCAAUGCUCGGAGUUUCAGUGGUCUCUGGAAAAAGUUUGGAAGAGGUCAGCAGAGAUAAAGAAGCUGUUUGUCCCUCAGAGCUUGUGGGUUUUAAUGGAACAUUUAAGGACCAACGACAACAAAGUCACACUGAUCAUCAUAUCAGCCCCAAGGGAAGCGACAUAGAUGGAUUGUGGAAGAAAUGGAUGGCAUUUCGGUCAUGUCGGAUAAGGGUGGAGAGGCUACAUGUGAAGGCUCAAAUGCUCAAGUUGGAGAAGCAGCGGUUUAAGUGGCAGAGGAUUUGGUGGAAGCAAGACAGGAAGAUGAAGAAGAUGAGACUGGAAAAUGAAACUCUGAAAAUUGAGAACAAGCGGAUGGAAAUGGAACUAGAGUUCAAGCGACUGCGAGCUGAUUACAGCUUAGGUUUUUCCAUAUAGUAUCAUGUGUAUGUUGCUAGUUAAUGUUUUUUCCCGUUUAAAUCGUCAGUUUUUCAGUUUUUAAUAUCUGGGAUUUGGGCUUUCCUUAUAAUAUGUUCUAUAGUUAAUUUUUAUUAAAUUGUUGAAGAUUUCCAAA